UAGAGCCAGACGCUGACUUGACUUCCGGUGCUAUUCUUUCAUCCACUACCAACUCCCAAUCAUCGCAAACAUGGCACCAAGAUACAACCACACAACCAAGGGAUCCGAUCUCGUGGCCGAGCUCGCCGACAACAUCAAGGGCAAGACGAUCCUCAUCACCGGCGCUUCCCCUGGCGGCAUCGGUGCCUUGUACGCCGCUGCCGUUGCCCGGGCUUCGCCAGCUUUCAUGAUUCUCACCGGCCGGACCAUUGCGUCCAUCGAGGCCACCGCCCAGGCUGUGGCCCAAGCCAACCCAGCUGUCAAGACCAAGAUGGUCGCCAUGGACCUUGGCUCGCUGACCAGCGUCCGCACCGCGGCACGCGAGAUCAUGUCAGAUGACAUAUCUCAUAUUGACGUCCUUGUCCUCAACGCGGGCAUCAUGGCGCCGCCGUACAGCAAGACGGCAGACGGUUUCGAGUCGCAGUUUGGCGUCAACCACCUUGGCCACUUUGUCUUUGCCAACUCGGUCAUGCCAAAGGUUCUGAAUGCAAAGUCGCCGCGGGUCGUGGUUGUAAGCAGCAACGGGCACAGGCUGAGUCCCAUUCGGUGGGGAGAUAUUGGUUUCCAGGACGGCAAGGUUUACGACAAGUGGUCUGCCUACGGUCAGUCCAAGACCGGCAACAACCUCUUUGCGCUGUCCCUCGCAACCAAGCUCGGCAGCAGAGGCCUACAGGCCUUUUCCCUGUGCCCGGGCGCGUAUAUGAGCAACCUGAUCCGGCAUCUCGACCUUUCGGAGAACGGUGAUGCCCUCCCCUCACUACGCGCCGCCGAUGAGAGACUCGGCACCCCGGCCUCCAUACCAAACCUGAAUAUCCCCUUCCGCGACGAGGAGACCGUCAUAGCGACCCACGUCCUUGUCUCCUUCAGCGACGAUAUCCGACCGUUCAACGGGCAGCACUUUACCACAUGCGCUGUGGCGCAGCAGGACCGCGACGAGGUCUUGCCUUGGGCCAACAACGCUAUUGAGGCGGAGCGGCUAUGGCGCCUUAGCGAGGACUUGGUCGGCGAGAAGUUUGCGUACUGA